UCUGACGGAUGGGGAUACACUGCCAAGGAGGACUUAGGGGCGAGAAGAGUGUGUUUCUUUUCUUCUCUGGGUGUGUUUCCUUUCUCUUCUGCCCGGCUUCUCCCCCCCCCCCCCUCCUCAUGAGCUGUUAACUCCGACACGGGUCCCGAGGAUGAGGAGGAUCUAUGUGUGAGGAAGACACAACAAAGGAAGAGGAAACAAGGAGCAACAGGGUGGCAAAUUCUGCGAGCGUGAAGAUCUCUUGUUCUCUGAGUGAGGAGUCCUGACUCUCCGAGCAGCAGCCAUGUGAGUGGAGCUCUCGCACAGUAGAGGAUGUCCAUGUCCAUCUAGAGAAGAGCAGCCUCCCUCCUUUCCUUCCUCCCUCCCUCUAGCUCCCUUCCUUCUUCCCACAUGAGGAGGAGAAGAUGACUAUCACCAGCCGGCAGUCCUUCAAUGUCCUGACGGUCAUCUUCCUGCUGCUGUCCACUGCAGCUUUAUCGGCCCAUUACAGAGUGUGUGAACCCUACGACGACCAAAAGGGGCGGCCGCACUUCGGCUUUCACUGCCCGCGCCUCUCAGACAACAAGAACUUCAUGUUCUGCUGCUACCGCAACAACACCGCAUUCAAAUACUGCUGCAACGAGACCGAGUUUCAGAUGGUCAUGCAGAUCAACCUCACCACCACCUCAGACGGUUAUGCACACAAUAAUUAUACAGCCCUGGUCGGCGUGUGGAUCUACGGCUUCUUUGUCAUGGUGCUGCUGGCGCUUGACUUCCUCUACUACUCAGCCAUAAAUUACGAGCUGUGCCGGGUCUACCUGGAGAAAUGGGGUCUUGGGGGACGCUGGCUGAAGAAGGCCAGGAGUCAGUGGCACAGGUCCAUGCCGGAGGAGAGCGAGGCCCAGGCUCAAGCCCAGCCCAUGGUCCCCAGCCACUACCAGCCCAGACACAGCCUAAGAGGGGAGAGCCACAGCCCCACGCUCCUGCCCUACAACACGUCCACAGCAUGAAAGAUGCUGCUGGAGG